AUGUCAUCACUGCAUUUCUCGGCUUCUUUACCUAGAAAGGAGAAUCAAGAUGCCUCGAACGGUAGCCGAACCGCGACAUCCAGCACCACCUCCGUGGCGCCAGACCACACGCAAUUUUUGGCCUGGCCUUACAUUGACGGUCGGAUCUCCUCCAAACACGCCACUAUAAUUGCAGCAGACCUCGUCCAUCGCAUUCACGUUGAGCUGCAGGACGGGACCGAAUCAGCCUUCGCCCGACUUCUGCAGAGCUUGCCACUGGUCAUCGAGAACAGUCCGGCUCUGGCGGCAGCCUUAGAAUGCGUGCUAGAUACUCAAGCGCUGUUGUCUCCAGUCCCGUAUCAUCAAGGCAACAUCGACUUGAAACUGUACGGCAAGGCUCUUAGGUCUUUGCGGGUAGCAUUCGAAGAUCCAAAGCAUCGCUUUGAGAAAACGACGCUUGCAGCCAUGAUCGUCAUGCAGAGAAUCGAGGCACUGGGAAACUUCCAUGGUGGCAGCCCUCACUUAGGUCCUAGUUAUUCCGCAUUUCACGUUCGUGGUAUCGGCAAAAUGUUGUCCUGCAUCGGACCUUUCCCACCCGAAGACGAUGUGCUGUUCCACGCAUUAGCAAACCACGCGUUCCCAAUCCUUCUCGAAAACGUCGCCAAUGGCGAAAAAUGCUUCCUGAACAGUCCGGAGUGGACGUCGAUCUUUACACAACGACAGAAGGCUUCCGGCAUCGAACGAUUACUCUAUCAGAUCCUUGUAGUCAUGGUAUCUUUUCCAGAUCUGUUGAUAACAUUCCGAAACCAAGAUAGUAAGCUCAUAAGCGACCCAAUUGUGGAAGAACAGGCAUAUACCACCUCGAAUCGGCUGCGAAUAAUUGGCAGACACCUCGAUACUCUCUUAAGGUAUCCUUGCGAGGGGUCAGCGAUGGCAGUCUCCUCUCUCAGACCUACAUGCGACAUUUCAACCAUUCGCAACAUUGAUCUGCUGCAUGUUGUCAUCAUGCACGCUAUUGGAUGCAUAGUAGUCAACAACAUGCUGGCCGGCAUGUCCUCUUCUCCAGCAGAAAUCGCCGACUUUACAUGGAGAAAUGUGUGUCUCAGCAAGCGUCUGUGGAAGCUCCAGAAAUCGGCAAAGCAUGUCAAUAUCUAUCCUACCGCAUUGAUGUUAUCGUUCGAGAGUGCAAAAUUUCAGGAAACGAAAGACUGGAUCGUACAGACGAUGAACGAACUGCAGAAUCGCACCAUCGAAAAUGGGUCGCGACUUUGGACAGAAGAGGACCUUACAUGCCGAUGUUUGAUGUUCACCGGUCGGAAGGAAUUUGUGCUGGAAGAAAGAGUGUUAAACCCAAUGGAUUCGCUAUGACUAUGAUUGAUGCAAUACAAUUAUUUUAUCAAGAAGCAUCCCGCGAUACUC